GUUACAUUCCACACAUUCUCAGAUAGCCAGAGUGGUCUCUCUAGAAACCAUAACACAGAACGGCGCAGCGCCCCGACACUGUUACCGCAGGUGCGCACGCACAAACCUCGCGGUACUGCAAGGGAAGGUCCUUUGUUUUUACUCACUCUGCCCGUGAUAGGGAAUUUUCCCUUGGAAACCCAGUGUAGUGAACCACAGCUGAGGAAUCCACACGAGCAUGACGGAUUCUGAAGGGCAUGAGUUCCAUUACACUCAACUUCCCAAACACUGUCUUAUGUGUGGGAAGCACUGCCGUAGUAGGGAGAGC